GGAGGGCUUCGAAAUGACCGCGGAAGAUAAGGAUCUCACCCCGUUCGCUCUUCGCUCCCAUACGCUCGUCCCACUUUCUCUGGCCUACUUCCGAGACGACAUCCGACGACGCAAGGAGGCCUUCGAAACAAGUCUCCCCCUAGAACCGCAAAUUGAGGACGAGGAGAGACCCCCUUCGCCUUCUGUGGGUUCGAACGUUUCCGAACGGACCAAGCUCGGGACCGUACAUGUCUCCAUGGCGUUUCCGAACACCUACUCCCGGAACUCGAGUCCUGGUCCAACCUACUCGUGUCCCGUCCGCGGAAGACCCCCUUUCGCCAACGCGAUGGACGACGGUCCCUCUAUCAUUGAUGACACUUUGAUUGCUGUGUAUGAGGAUUACGGCGCUCUCUCUCUGUAUGAGAUGGGAUAUGGCAUUGCCGAAGAGUCGGCACGCGAGUCGACCUACAAACCUCUGGAAAUCUUCCUGGAUUUGGAGGACGCUUCCUUCGGAUGAUGAUGAUGCCGAGGGCUCUAUCCGGCAUGUACUCUACCGCAGAACACUGUCAACAGUUGCUUUCCAUGUCUAAGAAUAUCUUUGGCGUCUGUCGAUGUGUUGACCCCUAUGUCUGUCUACCUGGAGCAAUGCAAGUCAUGCUGUCUCAGAUCGUCCCCGGGUGUGGGUGUGCUCUGGGGACCCUACGUGGAGCGUUCUGCCCUGACUGUUUGACGGUCCGUCAGGUCGAAUGCCGCUAAUUUCGUCGCAAACUUGCCCCGAUCGUCUCGGCUCAUCACCGGGCCCUGGCUGCGCUCUUCUAGUCAGCAUUGCUGUGCUGCCGAAUUACCUUACAAUGACCUAGCCCCGUCGCAAAUCGGACUGAGGGGCAGAUAGACCCACAGUACUAGACCCGAUCGGUUCUCCGAGUUCCCGCUGGUUCCGCGGCCACCGGCAAUGCAGCCGAGCGAUGUACCUCCUCCCGCGCCCAUGCAAGGCAGCGCAUCAGGCGCACCCGAGGCCGCUGCACUUCUGCGUUCACCUUCACCCGCGCGGCUGUAUUGUGGAGGUGCGCGCGGGAGCACUUGCGACUUCCUCAUUCUUAGGCUCAAAGAAUCUUCACGAGCAUAUGGGCCUUUUUUGCCGCAGCACCCUCACUACCCC